UCUGAGGGAAUGACACGGGUAGGGAAAGUGGAUUUACAGAGUGAUAUCUUAGAUGAAAGUGCAGAAAAAUCUGACUGACUGGACGUCGACCCGAUAAAUCCCAUAAGUGCUGAUAAAACUGAGGCAAAACUAGUGUUUGAUCAGUCCGGGUCAUAGGUUAAAUCUGAUCUCGGCAGUAACUUAAGACAGUCAAAAGAAGACAGGCAUGGAGACUGAAAAAGAGCGUUUCUGUUUGAUGGAAGAUAAAAGUGCUCUUGGUCAACCGAAGACCCCGAACAUUUCUCCAGAGAGUAAUGGUCGUAGCAUCUCAGUGCAUGUACUGGAAUUUAAAGCAAGUCUUUUGGAAGCAGUUGAGGAGUUACAUAUACGUCGGGAUGCUGAAACCCGAUAUGAAGAGCAGAUUUGUAAACUUAUGCUGGAGAACCCAGAGUUAGAAUGGGAGAAGGAGUCUUUACAAAAUCAGAUCUCUAAAAUGUCAAAUGAGAAUUCGGAGUCACUUGCUGCUGUAAAAAAGCAGUUUCAGGCCCAAAUCAGAGGACUUGAGGGAGAAAAGGGGAAAAUCCAGCUUGCUGCUGAACUCAAGGACAAAGAGAUCACAAGCCUCAAAGAAGAACUAAAAUCGCUGCAGUUGCUCAGGUACAGUUUGGAGAAGAAAUUAGCCGAGCUGGAGCAGAAGUUGCAGUUGCAGACGCAGUUAAAAGACAGCCACCUGAAUCAACUGGGAGAGGUGGAGAGGCGCUUUGUCGCCGUAUCCAGACAGUGCACCGCGUUCAAACAGGCCCACGAGCAACUCGAACAGAAUGUUGAAGAGGCCAUGCGGAUUAAUAAAAAGCUCACAUCCAUCAAUGAAAAACAAGAAUCUACUAUUAAAGCCUUAAAAGAGGAUCUGGAGAGACUUAACAAAGAGCUGGCAGCAUUAAAAGUGUCAUCAGUCCGCAGACCUGGAGAAGAGCAUCUACAACAUGUUUUGAAAGAACAACAGCUUCAGCAAUUUCAACAAAGGCUCUUUGUGGAAACCGAACUUAACAAGAAACUGAGAAAUGAAACUGCCACAGAGAGGGAAGAGAAGCAGGAGGUUCUGAGAUCCCUCCAGCAUACUCAGCGUUUGCUACAGACACAGACAGAAGCUCUGAGCCAAGCAGAACAGGAACUCAUCACUCUCCGAGAGGAAUAUAAGCUCCUUAAAGCAGAACACGAAUUGGACCAGGAGAGGACCAGAGAAGACCAGGAAAGAUUCACUCGGCUAAAAGACGAGUUCCAAAAUUCAAAGCUUGAUUGUGAGAAAAAGAUGUUGCUGUUGCAAAAGACAUCAGAGGCGGAUCAAGUUGAGCUGAAAGCUGUGAAAGAGGCUUAUAAUCUGCUUCAGGAGGAGAAUAAACUGCUGUCUGCUUCUGUAGAUCAUAACAUUGAAGAUAUUCAGGACUCUGAGAUUAAUUUGGAAGAUCAAGCUCUGGUAAAUAGAACAAUUACUGAUAGUUUUUACAAAAAUGAGUCUUUGGAAAUCAAGGAGGGUUUGAAUAGUGAUGAUGGUGAACCAGCGAGACGCUUUCCAGAUGAAAGCUCUGCUGACUGUCAGAGGAAUAAAGUAGUCGGCGGCUCUCAUGAUAAAAGCAGUUCAAUGCAGCUGGAUCCAUUAACUGAUGUUUCACCAUCCACAGCACCAUUGGAUUCACAAAUGUCUGAAAAGAUCUCAGGACCUGAGGAAGUCAUUGCCGUAACAAAUCAGCUGUCAAACUUGUGUGCUGAAACAAAACCGAUUGUCUGUGAAAGUGAGACGGUCUGCAGUGCAGUUGAUAAAGGUUGCCCAUCAAACCAAGCCCGAAGUGACACAGACUGUUGUCUCCCCGAGCUAUCAGGGCCUGAAACCAGGUCUGUUUAUGAGGUAGAUGGUGACCCUUUGGCUUUGGAACAGAAAGAUGGAACGCUGGGACCGAAUCUGUGUAUCUCAGAAGUGACUGAACCCCAGACAUCAGAUAAACAUAUAGACGGCCAAAAAUGUGGUACAAAAGAGUGCAGAGAAAUCAAAGACGAGUCUGUUGCACCUGAAUUUCUCCAGAGUCGUUCGCAAACAGAAGAUCAAGCAAGUAUGGAGAGACUUCCAGGAAACAAAAUGAGCGACGUACCACAUGUGACUGAGAAUGGGAUUGUACACCAACCGAAUCCAUGCCAAGAGACCACACAACAGGAACCAGAUGCAUUAACAGGUACCCAAACAUUAUUAGAGGAUCACAACUCACCACCCGAAUUUAUCUCCACACAUUCACAAGCGGUUGGCUCACCCGGAGCAAACUUUGAUGAAGUGGAUGUGGUGGAAUCGAAACAUUUGCCUCUUAUCGCCAGCACUAUGGAGUCUGCAGAUCACAACUCGCCACCCGAAUUGAUCUCCACACAUUUGCAUACAGUUGGUUCAGCCGAAGCAAACCUCGAUGAAGUGAACAUGGUGAAAACGAAACAGGUGCCUCUUAUUGCUGGCACCAUGGAGCCCAUUUUGCCAACUGCAUCACCGUCAAUGGAGACGGUGGCCAUAUCAAAAAAUAAAGAUCAAAAGCAUGAUCCAGUUGAAUCAGUUUCCCUACUUUCCAACAUCACAAACCCAAGCCAAGAUCAUUCCUCUCCUGAUGGGUUUCACAAGGCAAAAGACCAAUCAGAUGUUGACCACAAAUGCAUGUCAGUGGCAAGCACUUCAAACAAUACAGUAUGUAAGAGAUAUCGAUCAUGCUUUGCAUGGAACAGCUUUAUAAAAGACAAAAUGAACACGCAACCAAAAUGUGCAGAAAGUAAAGUUGAUCAUUCAGUGCAAGGCACCAGAAACAGCAAACUAGGAUUGGCCCCAACACCUUUAAAAUCACAGCACAGGUCCUCGGGAUUUCACGGUUUGGAGUUUGUUUCACCUUUUUCUGCUCCACGCUUUACAAAAAAUAAAGCUGUGAUGAGGACUCCAGACAGGUUAGACGCUCCGACAAAGCGUCCGCACCAAAAAAGCGACUUUCGAGGAGAAUGGAAUGCAAUCAAGCAGUCUUUUUCCGAGAUGCUUGCAGAGAAGGACAAUCGAGUUUUUAUCUCCUACAGUUCGACUAUGGGUGGCAACCCAGGCUCUUCUUCUGUGGGUAAUGGGCUGCGACAGGACGGCACUCCUACCGUUUCUCCUCCCAAACUUCAGAGCCUGGAGACGGAUCUUCAGCCUGAGGUUGAAGGGGGUACAGCAAAUUACAAAGGCAAAGAGGAACAAAAUCAAUCGGACACAGUGGCCCAAAUUGCGAAUAUCGAAGAACGGAUGAACUCGACGGAAGGUUUAACACCUCAGAAAAUACGUAAAAUUGAAUAAAAUGUAUUCAUAAUUAUUACUUUGCAAUGGCAUGCGUUGCAUGCUUUAGUUAGUGCAUAUAUGCUUAUUUAUUUACACUCCAUGUGAUUAGAUACUGCGGUAUAAAUGAGGUUAAUGUUAAUUGUUAACUACAUUUUUAAAUAAAUGUUUACAGUCUUAACUUAAUUUUUUUAUUCGCUUCCUUAAAGGGUCAGGCGUUAUAUGUGCAUCUGUUGGUGCACGCAUCACGUCGCAACCUAUUGCUAAACAUGGAAAGUGCUAGACAUAAAACCUGUUAAUUGCUCUGUACAAGCUAAUUAACACUCAUUACUCCCAGACCUGUCGUUCUUUGGAGGGCAUUUAAUGGCCAAACAUUUACAAUGUACAUCGGUACACAAACUGUGGCCAACUAUAACUUGGGGUAAUUAAAAUGCACAAGUAAAAAAAUCAAUUAGCGCAUAUUAAGCCAAAUUAACAAAUGCAAAUGAAUCUCCCAUUAAGUUUAUGUCCUCCGUAAAUAGGCUGUGGGGACCAUGUGGGCACAUGUUAGGCCGACACACGUGACAAAAUAAUAUGUCGCAUAUGGUGACACUGGUCAUGGAGAACAAGUGCGAGUUGGGCUGCAACUGAGAUAUGGUUUUUAUAGUUAAUGCGUAAAAUUUGGGCUUCAGAAAGAAAUUAAACUAAACUUGAAAGUGGAUGCUUUCAUUUUUUAAUAAAAUCUUUCAUGCAUUAAACUCAUUAAACUACGUCGUGUGCUAAUGCUACUUAACUGAAGGUAGCUGGUCCAUUAUUUUUUUAAUAAGCUAUAUUUUGAAGGCUAUAAACAAGUUGAGUUUCUAUCUCGAAUUACAGCCUCACAAAAACACUUUCUCUUCAAAAGUACUAAAAUCAGCCAGCAGAAAGGAAAUGCACAACUCCCGAUGAUAGCACAAGGUCCCUCUGAGGUUCACCUUAAUACACUUACUCAUUAUUAAUAUGUCAAAAUGUUAAUGUCCUCGUAAAAGAAAUCUUAUGCGAUCCAGCCACUGUGCCAGCAGUACUGACCCUUAUCC